GAGCAUCCUGCUGCAGGCUACAAGAAGAUCUUUGAGACGGUGGAGGAGCUGAAUGAGCCAAUACCUGCAAAGAUCACUGGUGUGAUACCAUCAUGGCUGGGGGGCAGUCUCCUCCGGAUGGGUCCAGGUCUUUUCGAGAUCGGGGGGGAACCUUUCAACCACCUGUUUGACGGACAGGCGAUGAUGCACAAGUUUGACCUGAAGGGCGGCCAGGUGACCUACUACAGGAAGUUCCUCAGGACAGACACGUAUGUUCGUGCCAUGGCUGAGAACAGAGUGGUCAUCACUGAGUUCGGUACAGCAGCGUAUCCCGACCCCUGUAAGAACAUCUUCUCCAGAUUCUUCACUUACUUCAGAGGCAUUGAAGUGACUGAUAACUGUAUGGUGAACGUUUAUCCAAUCGGUGAAGACUUCUACGCCGUCACAGAGUCAAACUUUAUCACCAAGGUCGACCCCGAUUCGCUGGAGACGCUGAAGAAGGUGGACCUGUGUAAGUACCUGUCUGUGAACGGGGUGACUGCGCACCCCCACACCGACUCGGACGGAACCAUCUACAACAUGGGGAACUGCUUUGGCAAGAACAUGAGUCUGGCUUAUAACAUCGUGAAGAUCCCGCCUGCUGAGAGCGACAAGUCAGAUCCCAUAGAGAGAUCAGAGGUGGUGGUUCAGCUUCCCAGCAGCGAGAGGUUGAAGCCCUCCUACUUCCACAGCUUCGGUUUGACGGACAACUACUUUGUGUUUGUGGAGCAGCCGGUGAAAAUCAACCUGCUCAAGUUCCUGUCGGCCUGGAGCAUCAGAGGAGCCUCGUACAUGGACUGCUUCGAGUCCAACGAGAGCAUGGGGACCUGGUUCCACCUGGCCACCAGAGAGCCAGCAGGUCACAUGAGCAGCCACGAGUUCAGAACCUCCGCCUUCAACAUCUUCCACCACAUCAACGCCUACGAGGACGAGGGCUUCAUCGUGGUCGACCUCUGCACGUGGAAAGGUUAUGACUUUGUGUACGACUACCUGUACCUGGCCAACCUGAGGCAGGAGUGGGAGGAGGUGAAGAAAGCAGCGAUGAAAGCUCCGCAGCCCGAGGUCAGACGAUAUGUGCUGCCGCUGGAUUUACACACAGAGGAGCAGGGGAAGAAUCUGGUGUCUCUGUCCUACACCACAGCUACAGCAGUUCUUAACAGUGAUGGAACCAUCUGGCUCGAACCUGAAGUUCUGUUUUCUGUACCAAGACUAGGCUUUGAGUUUCCACAGAUUAACUACUCUCUGUGUCGGGGGAAGAAGUAUUCCUUCGCCUACGGACUGGGGCUCAACCACUUCAUCCCUGACAGGAUCAUCAAACUGAACGUUCAGACCAAAGAGUCGUGGCUGUGGCAGGAGGAAAACUGUUACCCGUCGGAGCCAUUGUUCGUACAAACACCUGGAGCCACACAGGAGGACGACGGUGUGCUGCUGAGCAUCGUGGUGAAGCCCGGAGCCGAGAGACCAGGUUUGCUGUUGGUGCUGGACGCCAUGACGAUGACGGAGCUGGCGAGGGCGGAGGUGGACAUCAUGAUCCCUGUGACUCUGCACGGGACGUACAGACCUGGACCCCCCCUCUCAUCCUCUUCCUCGUCCUCAUCCUCAUCUGAAGAAGACACAUAA